CAAAUUAUUGCAUCCAUGGGAGCUCGAGAGCGAGAGCGAGGAGAUCACCGGUCCCAGUCUCCCAGCACUGCGUGCUGUUUCUCCUCUCUCUCCCUCCUCGCCCAGAUCUACUCGAGCGCUCGAUUCGAGCUUGAUUGAAUUAAAGAGAAGAAGAGAAGAGAGGGAUAUCGAGAUCGAAUUCGAAAUCAAGCGCCAAGAAGGGGAAAAGAAAUCGUUUUUCCUUCGUUAAAUCUUUCUUUUUCUCUCCUCGGUCUCCAUAAUCUUUAGGCUCUUCAAUUUGAGAGGAUCGAAGGGGGAGGAGAAGUUUCUUGCUAUCUUCUUCGGACGGGAUCUGAGGCCAUAGACAUGAGUACAGGGGAUUUUCUUGAUAUCCAGCCGAUAGAGCUCAAAUUUCCUUUUGAAUUGAAGAAGCAGAGCUCAUGUUCCAUGCGACUGACCAACAAGACUGAUCAGUAUGUUGCUUUCAAGGUUAAAACAACCAACCCAAAGAAAUACUGUGUUCGCCCCAACACGGGGAUAGUUCUACCUGGAUCAACAUGUGAUGUCACUGUAACAAUGCAAGCCCAGAAGGAGGCUCCAUCUGACAUGCAAUGCAAAGACAAGUUCCUCCUCCAGAGUGUUAUGGUUGAACAUGGUGUGACGACCAAGGAUAUAACCCCUGAAAUGUUCAACAAAGAACAUGGCAAGGUUGUUGAGGAGUUCAAGCUGCGGGUUGCUUACAUUCCUGCCAAUCCUCCCUCACCUGUCCCUGAAGAAGCAGAAGAAGGAUCUUCCCCAAGGUCUUCUACAGUAGAAAAUGGGGUUCAAAACUUAUCCUUGUUUGAUUCUGUAUCAAGAUCAUAUGAAGAACCAUCCAAGGAGAAGUCCUCAGAGGUUCUGGCCCUGAUUUCCAAGUUGACUGACGAGAAAACUACCACCAUUCAGCAAAAUCAGAAGCUCCGUCAAGAGCUGGAGCUUCUAAGAAAAGCAAGCGGCAAGCAUCACGGGGGUUUCUCGGUCACAUUUCUGGUGCUGGUGGGUCUCCUUGGCGUCCUUAUCGGCUAUAUCAUAAAGAAAUAGCAGAAGCCCAUACUAAUGCUCUUCAUAGUAUGCUUCUGUUCCCUCCUAAGUGGAGUGUUUGUUCUUAACUUCUUAGAUUGUGGACUCGUUACUUUGUAAAAGAAUAGUUUUACGGCCUUAUGUAUGUGCAUUAUGUUGACUCAUUGCACCUAUAUGGAAUUGUUGUAAUAAUUAAAAGUAAUGACUCAACACACAAUUUGGGACCA